AUGAUGGACAAGUCCACCACAGCAGACGCAACCCCCGCGGAGGCGGCCCUACCGCCAGCGGCCUUCAACUCGGGGCCGGUCGCCCUUUUUUGGCUUGCCUGGGGAGGCUUCUGGACGGUGCUGGUACUCGGCGGCAUGAUCUUCCUGUUCAAGAACCGCCGCAUGCCGUUCCUCAAGAUCCGCGGCCUGGGCUUGUCGUUUGGCGCCGUGACCCUGCUGCACCUGUACUGGCUCUCCUCCCAGAUCGGCCUCAGCAUCGGCGCCUUCGUGCCCGACCACGCCGAGUUCUGGGUCAUGGGUCUCUACCUGCCGUUUGGGAUCGCCCUCUUCCACGCGUCCAACAGCCGCUUUCUCCACGUCGCCCAGGCCCAGAAGAGGUACGCCGAGAAGGCGGCCGUCUAUUCCGGUCCCGAGAAGCAGAGGUGCAGCUGUAGGGACAAGACCCUGCUGGGAAGGUUUCUGAAGCUGGACUACUCCACCAGGAUUGUCGUCGUUGUGUCUUUUGGGAUGCUGCUACAGCUCAUCUUGACCGUCACCAUGUAUCUCGUCUCCCGCAAAUACCACCCAUCGUUUGGCAUUCCAGGCACCGAGGUCACGGGUACCCCUUUGCAGCAGAGAAUGGAGAGGGGCAAGGGAUGGGAGUGGUGGCCGUCCAUCGUCUGGCAGUUUUUCUGGGCUUGGAUGGUCGCCCCUGUUAUUCUUUGGAAAUCUCGUGACAUCAAGGACACUCAGGGAUGGCGCUUGCAGACGUUUGCCUGCUGCAUCGCCAGCCUACCUGCCACCCCCUUGUGGUUGGUUGCAGUUUAUGUCCCGGCAAUGGAGCCUGUGAAUAGAUAUGUCAUACCCUCUCAAUGGAUCUGUCUCUCCAUCAACUUCAUCGAGAUCUUUACAAUCUUCAUCCCCUGCUGGCAGGUGAUCACGCACAAGUCCUUGCGCAAGGAGACACUCGAGUCCAUCGCCAGCUGGGAGGCCAAGAGGCUGGAGAACCCAGAGCGCAGGACAUCCUUCGUCACGGAUUCAACAAAGAUCGGUUCCGCCGCCGGCGUGAGCUGGAAGUUCCUGUCCGACGUCGAAAAGGCGACUGGCCAGUCCGAGAGCGUCUUCACCAUGGGCGCGCUCGAUUACGUACUGGAAAAGAACCCCGAGCCCCUCCGAAAGUUUUCGGCCCUGCGGGACUUUUCGGGGGAGAACAUUGCGUUCCUGUCCGCCGUGGGCGAUUGGAAAUCGGCCGAAGGCAACCGGCAGAGAAGCUCGGGAGCCGACGACGCAGGGACCGCAGGACGAUCCGAAAAAGAAAACGUCCAGGAAGAGGACGAGGCCGAGCUCAACCGCAAGCGCUUCAACGGCGCGCUGCACAUCUAUGCAGAGUUCAUCAGCCCGCGCCACGCCGAGUUCCAGCUCAACAUUGCAUCGCAGGACCUCCGUCGGCUCCAGGACAUCUUUGAGGACGCGGCGAGGAUUCUCUAUGGCGACGGGAACCGACUUGACAAUCCGGCCGUGCCGUUUGAGACACCCGACUGGUCCGGGAAUGCAAGUUUGGCCUCCGCGGCCGGGUCUGGGGAGGGACUUUCUACCACAGAGCCGGACGACCGGGGGCGUGCCCAGUACUUUGGGGCGAUCCCGGAGCAGUUCUCGCCGAGCGUUUACGACGCGGCCGAGACCAGCAUCAAAUAUCUGGUUCUGACUAACACAUGGCCCAAGUUUGUCAAGGAGGGGAGGGCCUCCAUCUCGGAGCAUUCCGCGGAUUCGGCCGAGACGGAUGAUUCUCAGUCGCCACUGUCCAAGAUAUCCGUGUAUCUGAGGAACAUGAGGUACUAG